UGAAUGGGUUGAUAUGCCACGAGGUAAAGUCCGAAAAGUGAUAUUUACAGUUGCUAAAGAAUCAAUCUGUGAUUCUGAAUUCUGACCACACAGAUCAGCAUCAGCUGAGAUCUGGAGCAUUCUGAAACACAAAAGUUUAAAAGUUAAUUAGAGAGAGAGAGAGAGAUUAGAAGGGACGAGAGAGAGAGAGAUUGGGGAUCUAAAACGAGAAGAAAGGAUGCAGUACAAAAACUUAGGGCGUUCGGGACUGAAAGUGAGCCAACUAUCAUACGGAGCUUGGGUGAGCUUCGGCAAUCAACUUGAUGUGAAAGAAGCGAAAUCACUUCUGCAAUGUUGCCGAGAUCAUGGUGUCAACUUCUUCGACAACGCCGAGGUUUACGCCAAUGGAAGGGCUGAGGAAAUCAUGGGACAAGCCAUAAGAGAGCUUGGUUGGAAACGUUCUGACCUUGUUAUUUCAACCAAGAUCUUCUGGGGUGGUGCAGGUCCAAACGACAAAGGUCUUUCAAGGAAACAUAUCAUUGAAGGCACUAAAGCAUCACUCAAGCGACUUGACAUGGAUUACGUUGAUUUGAUCUAUUGUCAUAGGCCUGAUUCUUCUACCCCUAUUGAAGAGACUGUCAGAGCUAUGAAUUAUGUCAUUGAUAAAGGUUGGGCUUUCUAUUGGGGUACUAGUGAGUGGUCUGCUCAGCAGAUUACUGAAGCUUGUUCCAUUGCACAACGCCUCGAUUUGAUUGCCCCUGUUGUGGAGCAGCCUGAGUACAAUCUUCUGUCAAGGCACAAGGUGGAGUCUGAAUACCUCCCACUCUAUUCCAAUUAUGGUAUUGGUCUCACCACCUGGAGUCCUCUUGCAUCUGGAGUCCUCACUGGUAAAUAUAACAAGGGUACCAUUCCUUCUGACAGUCGUUUCGCUCUUGAUAAUUACAAGAAUCUAGCCAGCAGGUCUUUGGUCGAAGAUGUUCUUAAAAAGGUGAACGGACUCAAACCAAUUGCAGAUGAAUUAGGUGUCACAUUGCCUCAACUUGCCAUUGCUUGGUGUGCUGCCAAUCCCAAUGUCUCCUCAGUUAUUACUGGUGCAACAAAGGAAUAUCAGGUUGAAGAAAACAUGAAAGCUAUUACUGUCAUUCCCAUGCUUACUCCUUCUGUAAUGGAGAAAAUUGAGGCCAUUGUUCAAAGCAAGCCUAAGCGUCCAGAAGCCUACAGAUGAAUGUAGAUGCAAAUUUGGUUUCUAUGGUUCUGAUGUCUGAUGGUGGUGACAUUACCCUAUUUCUUUCAUAAGUGUCGUAUGCAUUAGCUACUUGAAACUUAGUAUUGGUAUCUGAGUAUCUUAGUUUUACUGUGGAUAUGACACUAUUUUGCAUUUAUGUUCCUUCGGUUUCUCUGAACUUCUUUGUAUCAAAAAAAGGAAAAAUGAAGAGACCUUGAGGUCAUAUCAAUCUAUGAGUUCUAUA